AGCCGGGCCCCGGCCGCUGUCCAGCCGCUCCGAGCCCUUAGCGCCCUGCGCCGCCGCCUCCCGGGGAGACGCAGCCACUCGCUCGCCAUGGACACCCCCAGGGUCCUGCUCUCGGCCGUCUUCCUCAUCAGUUUCCUCUGGGAUUUGCCCGGGUUCCAGCAGGCUUCCAUCUCCUCCGCGUCGUCGUCCGCCGAGCUGGGCUCCACCAAGGGCGUGCGGGGCCGCAAGGAAGGGAAGAUGCCGCGGGCGCCGCGAGAGAGUUCGGCGGCCCGGACGCCCCGGGAGCGCGAGGAGCCGCGGGCGGAGGACGAGCCCCAGCGGCGGCCGACGCAGGAGCCGCCUGGCCGGGGUCCGCGCGUGGUGCCCCACGAGUACAUGCUGUCAAUCUACAGGACUUACUCCAUCGCCGAGAAGCUGGGCAUCAAUGCCAGCUUUUUCCAGUCUUCCAAGUCGGCCAAUACGAUCACCAGCUUUGUAGACAGGGGACUCGACGAUCUCUCGCACACUCCUCUCCGGAGACAGAAGUAUUUGUUUGAUGUGUCCACGCUCUCAGACAAAGAGGAGCUGGUGGGCGCGGAGCUGCGGCUCUUUCGCCAGGCGCCUGCAGCGCCCUGGGGGCCGCCGGCCGGGCCGCUCCACGUGCAGCUCUUCCCCUGCCUUUCGUCCCUGCUGCUGGACGCGCGGACCCUGGACCCGCAGGGGGCGCCCCCAGCCGGCUGGGAAGUCUUCGACGUGUGGCAGGGCCUGCGCCACCAGCCCUGGAAGCAGCUGUGCUUGGAGCUGCGGGCCGCGUGGGGCGAGGCGGACGCCGCGGAGGUCGAGGCGCGCGCGCGGGGGUCCCAGCAGCCGCCGCCGCCGCCCCCGGACCUGCGGAGUCUGGGCUUCGGCCGGAGGGUGCGAUCCCCCCAGGAGCGCGCCCUGCUCGUCGUCUUCACCAGAUCGCAGCGCAAGAACCUGUUCGCCGAGAUGCGCGAGCAGCUGGGCUCCGCCGAGGCUGCGGGACCCGGGGCGGGCGCGGAGGGCUCCUGGCCGCCGCCGUCGGGCGCCCCGGACGCCGGGCCUUGGCUGUCCUCGCCCGGCCGCCGGCGGCGACGCACGGCCUUCGCCAGCCGCCACGGCAAGCGCCACGGCAAGAAGUCGAGGCUGCGGUGCAGCAAGAAGCCCCUGCACGUGAACUUCAAGGAGCUGGGCUGGGACGACUGGAUUAUCGCGCCCCUAGAGUACGAGGCCUAUCACUGCGAGGGCGUGUGCGACUUCCCGCUGCGCUCGCACCUGGAGCCCACCAACCACGCCAUCAUCCAGACGCUGAUGAACUCCAUGGACCCCGGCUCCACCCCUCCCAGCUGCUGCGUGCCCACCAAAUUGACUCCCAUCAGCAUCCUGUACAUUGACGCGGGCAACAAUGUGGUCUACAAGCAGUACGAGGACAUGGUGGUGGAGUCGUGCGGCUGCAGGUAGCGGUGCCUGUCGCGUCCGCCUAGUUCGGGACCGCAGGGGACGACCGACCGCAGAGAGGCGGAGGAGGAAGCUGGCCUGGGGGAGGGCGGGGCGGCCUGGCCCGGAGAACGCGGUGGGAGAGGUGGGAGCCCAGCCUGCCCCACACCUUCCACCUGCCAGCCCAAGGAGAGACGGAUUUUCACACCUUGCCUGGCCAGCCCGGAAAAGCAAGUCAAGGAUGAUGACGACGAUGAUUAUCACUAUGGCUUUGGAUAACCUUGUGUGUCUCCCAGGUUUUGAGAGGAGGUGAGGGAGUGGGGGGUGGGGAGACCCAGACCUGUUUCUCAGCUUCUCCGUGGAUUGAAAAUUCCGAGUUGUAAAAGGGAAACAGUGCAAGAGGAAGAAUCGCCUUGGCCCACCUUGGCUUGCUUGUGGUCUACGUGGGUGAAGAAGGUGGGGGUUUUUCUGGCAUGUCACAGCCCAUGUUGUGUGACCUCCCCAGAAGAGUGUUAGAAAGGGGAAUUGGCAACAGGAAUGGGAGAACCAGGAAGUGUCCUGCCUCCGGAGAGGUGGGCUCAAGCGCGUUGUAUUCCCAAGAGUUUCCCAGCCGCACCCCGGCUUCUGCCAGAGUCCCUGCCCCUGGCCACCUCCAGCUCACUGCUGACGGCUCCAGCCUGACGCCGUUACUGUUGCUUUCUCUGGAGGGCGAAAGGGAUCUGGUAUGGCUGGAAUGACAAGAAUUAGUCCGUAUGGACCCCCCCACCCCCAAGGAUAAUGAAAAACCACAAGGCCUGCCUCUGACCGGGGCUGACACAGAAGUGCAGACAGUAGCCCAGGCCAGAGGUAGCCCACCCCAAAGCCCUUUGUGACGUCUGUUUCCAAUUGGUUUCCUUAAGCAGAAUUUACAAUUCAGACAUCCCUUUCUAGGGGAAGAUGAUUCCCCCACCCCCUUUUUAAGAGUUAGGAGUAGGGAACUGUAUAAUUAAAGAAAGAAGUAAAGGGGAGGGAGGUGGGACUGGGACCCAAGAAGUGGAUGGGCCACCUCAGCAGGGGAGAGGGUGCGAGAGAAGGGACUGGGCGGGAGUAGGGGGGGAGGAUGAAAGGGGACACGAGGCCAUUCUCUGAAGUUUCUUUAAAAUCCGUGUUCCCUCCCCUCUCUCUGACAUUCCUGAAAGAUUACCAUCCAUCAAUAGCCCAGGGCUGCCGCAAAAGAAUUGUUUCAGUUUGUAAUUACCAGUUAGGCGAUGUUGUUAAAACUUAGUAAUGAGAAGCUGUGAAAAGAGCCAAGUGUUGCAUUGAGCUUGGGGUGGGAGAUGGGGAAAGGGCAGUGAGGACGGAGGCCAGGGCGGGAUUCAUCUGCUGGAUGGAAGCGGGAGAAGGCACACAGCAAAAGCGAAGCAUCCGUUCCCAGGCACCUGGACUUCCCCAGCCUGCACCGUGGUGUUCUCCAACAGGGACCAAGAGUAGGCCCUUUGAAGAGCCAGCUUCCUCCUCAUCUUUGACCAUGAAAUGGUUUCAACAAGGGAACUUGUAUCAACCAUUAAAAAAAAAAAGUUUUGGUUUCUCCUAAGUGGUUUUGCUCUCUCCUGAUCUAAACCUGUUGCUUGCUUGGUUCAGAGAACUACAAACUGUCAAAGAAAUAGUGGGAAUGAGAAUAAAUGCUAAUAUAAAAUGCUAAGUAAAAAAAAUACUUGGCCAGGAGAAAUAAUUUAAAAUGCACAUUUGCUUUGGAUGCACUGUUGUUCUGUUAAGGCUGUAUAUAUUUGUUUAUUUAAGGUGACUGAAAGUGCAAAGAGGAAGUGGACAGCAUGCAAUUCAUCUUAAUGUACAAAACGUUAUAUGCACUCAAAUGUUAUAAUUUCUAAUAUUUUUAAAGUUUAUAUUCGAGUUGUACAAAGUUGAGCAUUCAUCAGAUUUCAUUCUUUCAUAAUGUUAUCAUUUUCGUAAAUAUUAUUGCAAAAUUUUAAGCCUGUCGAACGGAGUUUUUUUUUUUUAACUGUCUACCUCACUAUAAUACAAAUAUUUACAACACCAAAGUUACCAAAAGUCCAUUAAUAUUCAAGGCGGUUUUUACAGUACACCUUUCCUGGAUGCUACUCAACCUAAUACUAUAUUAAACUCAUUUUUCCCCUUUAUAACUCAGCCUGGUUUAUAUGGGUCUAUUUAGAAAAAUCAUUUCUCCAGGAAUUAUUGUCAGCUGCAUUUUGUUUCAGUAAUGGAACUGAAUGUUUGAAAAAGCACGCAUUGUAUUAAAAUCCAUCAUUUAGAGCAUUGGACUUUUUCUUUGUAACUCUGCAGUGACUCCUUUUGCAAUGAAGUUUUCACUGGUCAAAUUAAAGGCAAAUCCUGGUUAGCGAUUAGAACAGCGCUUAUGAGCCUGUAUUUCAUUUCAUAACCUUGAGAAUUCGAAUAGGAAUUGGGAUAGUUCUUAGUUUAAGUCUUGUUUACAUUUAUGUACACUGGAAGCAGAAGAUACCAAUUUUUCUCUUAGUUCACGUGAUGUCUUUUAUUAAGCGUAGAGCUGAGUGUGUUGUUAUUGUACAUGUGUUACCUCAUUUAAACCCCUCAGAAAUGCCAGGAAGGAGACAAUAUUAUAAUCCCCAUUUCACAGAUAAAGAAAUGGAGGUGCAGAGACUUAGAUAAUCUGCCUGGGACUUUCACACCCUGGAGCUUGAGUUAACAACCAUGCAAUUCUGCACCUAGACCAUCCACCUGCCCUGUGGCUUUGCAGUUGGCCACAGUCCUCAGACUCAUCCUGCCACGGAGGCCAGUAGCUUUGCUUACGGUUUGACAGUCUAUGAAUUGUGACUGCUAGGAUAAGGGUGACUAAUAAAUGGAUAUGGGUUGCAAAAUUCAAUGAGUUCUUAGCUUCCAGCUAGCCCUUGGAAGUUGGGGUCAUGGCUGAAGUAUGGCAGGAGUUAUACUUUGCUGGGAGUGCCUUGUGUGUGAUUUUCUUAGUUCCUUUACAAAUAGGUUAAGUUUCAAAAAACUGGUUGCAAGUGGACUGUUUAGAAUCGAGAAACAUUUUCUAAUGGAAAUUGCACUCAUUUGAGUUUCCAGAUAAUUUUACAAAUAGCUUUCUUUACCCAAAUUACCCAAAUGGAACAUUUUAACAAAGUAAUUAGCAAUUAUUAUUUGUUUCUCAAAAGUUUAUUUAUGAGAGAGAGAGAGAGAGAGGAAGGAAGAGAGAGAGAGAGAGAGAGAGGUAUUCAGGGAGAAUGAGCUCCUAUUGACUGGUUCAUACAACGGCCAGGACUGGGCUGAGCAGAAGCUGGGAGGCAGGAGCUCAACCAAAGUCUCCCAUGUGGGUGGCAGGAAGCCAAUCACUAGAACUAUCACUGCUGUAUCCCAGGGCGGCUUUGGUGGGAAGCUGUAGUGAGGAGCUGUCUGUAGGCAGGCAUCAAACCCAGUCACACUAACACAGGCCAUUGGCAUCUUGACCACUAGGCCAAAUGCCCCCUCCCAAAGGGGUUUUACUUCUGAUGAUCACCUAGCCAAUGAAGACAGAGGCUCUUUCUCUGUCCUGUGUAGAGGCUGUUUUCGAUUUUCCCACCGCUUUUUCCAUAUGCUCCACCCAAUUCCAUCAACUUCCAUUUGCCCGAGGACAUCCAGCCCUGCAUCUUAAUAGGUCCCCAAUCCAGAAAUUUCUCUUUUCUGCAUAAAUAUUUCCAUUUCCAAAGUGAUUUUUCCUUCUUCCCUCCAUCAGAAAGUUUAUCCCUUAACUUAAGUGUUAGGAGAAACACAACCUCAUUGAAUUAUCUGAAGAUGUAAAUAUGAGGGGUCUUUAAAAACUUCAUGGAACACAUGUAUUAUG